AGCGCUCUGGCCUGGCAAGGAAAGCAGCAGCCGCAUCAUCAAUCACAAAUUCGGCUUCCCCUCCACAACCUCGCACCUCGACCCAUCAUCCGCGUAGCGAAUUCAACGAUUCUCCCGUUAAAUACCUGCCACUCAACCUUCCGCAUUUCCCAUCGCCGCCAACACCAUCAUGGAGCGCUUCAGCAGCAUGCUUGGCGCCGUGGGCAUGGGCAUGGGAGCUGCUCCGGGGACUGAUAACACAAACCUGAUCGAUAACUCCGAGACCGUUUACAUCUCCUCGCUCGCGCUCCUAAAGAUGCUCCGGCACGGUCGCGCCGGUGUCCCCAUGGAGGUCAUGGGUCUGAUGCUGGGCGAGUUUGUCGACGACUUUACCGUCCGUGUCAUCGAUGUGUUCGCGAUGCCACAGGGCGGAACCGGUGUCAGCGUCGAAGCUAUCGAUUACGUCUUCCAAAAGAAUAUGAUGGACAUGCUGCGACAAACGGGGAGGCCCGAGUCCGUUGUCGGCUGGUACCACUCGCAUCCGGGCUUCGGCUGCUGGCUUUCGUCGGUUGAUAUCAACACCCAACAGAGUUUCGAGCGGCUGACCCCCAGAACCGUUGCCGUUGUCGUCGACCCGAUCCAGUCCGUGAAGGGCAAGGUUGUCAUCGACGCUUUCCGGCUCAUCAACCCCCAGUCCUUGAUGCUCGGUCAAGAGCCCCGCCAGAGCACGUCCAACUUGGGUCACCUCAACAAGCCCUCCAUCCAGGCGCUAAUCCACGGCCUCAACCGCCAUUACUACUCGAUUGGCAUAAACUACCGCAAAACGGCGCUGGAGGAGAACAUGUUGAUGAACCUGCACAAGCACGUAUGGACCGAGGCGCUGCAGAUGGAGGACUUCCGGACAGAGGGCCAGCGGACCAAGGAGAGACUGGAGCACCUAGUCAGCCUUGCUGAGGGCUACGAGAAGCGGGUCAAGGAGGAGACGGAGCUCACCAAGGACCAGCUCAAGACGCGCUACGUGGGCAAGCUCGAUCCAAAGAAGCACUUGGAGGAUGUCGGCCAGCUGCUCAUCGAAGACAACAUUGUUGCCGUGUCGAGACAGAUGAUGGACAAGGAGGCGACCAUGGCCAAGAAGGACGAGCCUGCCGGGUCCAACGGCCACCCCAACGGUGACGAGAUGGACGUGGAAGAGGAGCUAUGAGUGAAGACGGCAAAGACGGCAACCUCAGCAUAACCUCUGGCGGGCAGCUAUUUAGACAGGCUUGUAUGACUAGGCGUUGGGAAAGGGCAAGGAGCUAGACUUGUAGCCAUGAAAGCACAUGCAUUUUGCCCCACUUUGCUGCCUGCCGCGGACUGGUCCUUUGAGCUGUGUGGCUUUGGGUGCGGGUGUUGGGCAAAUAGCAUGGCCGCCCCUUUGUCCUGUGUUGUCGGAUGUGGGAGGAGUUCAGUGUCUUUGAUUCUGCUACCUUGUUUCACUCGCAGGGAAUAUAUACCCCUCACGGGAUGCAAGUUCGGAAGCACUAUUACGAAUCACUUAUGCUGUCGUGUCUCGCCCUUCUUGUUUCGUGCCAAUCGAUCAGUUCUGCCUAGCUUCUGGUCUGUGUAAAAAUGCAAUUUCAGCGAUGUCUUGUUUCUUCUUUUCUC